AAGCUACAACUCAUUACCCUAAUGGGUUUAGUGUUAAUGGGUCAUUUGCUCAUGGGCACCUUAUGCACUUUUGGCGAAUGUAAUUAAUUAGUUUCUGGUUUCAAAGAAUAUACCAAACACGUAAUGUAGAUUAGAUGUUCGACAAAAUGUCUGACCGAAGUUGUUGAAGUAGUUGUGUAUGUUAGUCAACUUUUUGCUCUUCUUGUUUCUCAUGUGUAAUGUAAGAUUAGGUGUUAAAAAAAAUGUCUGAGAUGAUGAGCUAAUUGGAUGUUGGUUUAUCUGUUAAAAAAAGUUGAUAUUCUUAACAAUGCUUAUCAAUCAUAAUGUAUGUAAAAAUUCCUACCCUGAACUGACGAUCGCCAACCAAAGGAUAUAUUAUAAUAUUUGGAAAGGUCGAGUUCAUUUUUAAUGCUACUUCUUGUAAGUGGUCAGAUGGUGUUUAGAUCAAUUUAAUAAUUAGGUAGACAAAUUAUUGUCUGGUUUGUGAAUGAAACCUGAAUAUGUUCUAAAACUUGGACUGAAAGUAACUGUGUUCCAUAAAUGGACUAAGUAACACAACCGAGAAAUCAACUUUGGAGAUAUUGAAGCUCCUUCUCUUGACUUUUCAGCGUCAAACCUCUCACAUAAAGCUGAAUUGAAUACUAACACCGAUCGAGAGGCUAAUCUCAGGUAUCAAUAUGAGUACAGGUGGAGCAUUUGGAGGAAACAGAGGACUGAGACCUAUCCCACCAGAAAAGGGCAUCUUCCCUUCGGAUCACUUACACGAAUGUGAUACGGAGAAGAAAGAAUAUAUUGGCUGUCUCAAGUCUUCAGCUAACAAAGCUGAGCAAUGUAGACAUCUCUCGAAAAAAUAUCUCCAGUGUCGAGUGGCCAAAAACUUGAUGGCGAAGCAGGAUAUGUCUGAACUUGGACUCAGUGGGGUUAAAGAACUGGAUUCCACUGAAUAUAUAAGAAUAAAGAGUAGUAUCCAACAGUGAAGGGGGACAAAACUUUUUUUGUGUGCAAAGAAGAAAGAGGAAUGUAUGUAUAUCGUUCUCCGCCCAUGUGUGCUGGUAGACUUUUUGGGCUAACAAUACUCGUUUUUGGACUUGAUAAGCAAACGACCUCUACAAAUCUGUAAACGUUUUAACAUAGUUACCUUACAAAAAAUACAUAUCUAUUUUUUCGUUAUAAGGGUUUUAUGUAAAACAAAAUAAUUUGUUGCUAAAACCAAAUUCUACUUUUACAUUUCAAUUAUGACUAGUUUCCUAAAAGCAAAACCCACUUGAAUAAUUUCUUCAAAUUACACAAGCGUCUUCAAUUUAGAAAAUAUUGUAUUUAGUAAAUAGUCGAUUCCAAUCUUCUUCUAUUUACAAAUGGAAAAAGUGCUAUUUUAAUCCCGAAUCCAAUAACGUUUGGAAGUAAGGUGAAUUCUGACGUUAUAAUAAGGAUGAGAGAUUUCUUAAGAAUACAUUGUGAAGGAGGAAUGAAAAAAGUAUUUGGAAUGCAACAUUGAAACUUAAAUGUUGGAAAAGUGUACCACUGAAACUUAAGCAUUUUCUUUGGAUAAUGAAUUUAAAGGUUGUUAGCAACAUGAAGCAAUUUAAAGAGACAUGUAAC